UGGGUGAAAAAUCCUUAGCUCUCAACAACAUGAACCGCCGAAACAAUCCCCGUGGUACCCAGAACCGCAACCAACAGCAGGUGCAGCAGCAGUACGAACAGCAGUUCGUUUCCUCGAACGGAAACAACCAGGACGUCUGGAAUUGAGCGAAAAGACCGCUCCCUUAGUCGGAGCUCACGAGAGCACACGCAAUAGAAAAUGGCCAUAGCUAUAUAGAGUGGAGGAAAACGGAAGCCCUGCAGCUUCGCCGCCGGAAGACCACCUGUGGUGCGCUACGCAACCGUAUGAGCUUCGACAUGCCCCUCCUCCCCGUCGCAGCAUUUGAGCCAUCAAAGCGAGACAGGCUCAAACCAAGCCGGUAAUGUAGAAGACAAAACCAACAACAACAACAGCAGCAGCAGCAACAACAACAACAAUUUGAGGAGCCUCCGCAGAACAACAACGAUUCUACUAUGCCGGUCGAUGACACAGGAGAUGAGUCCGAGGGCGGAAUCGGAGCCAAGAUGCGAAAGAUUUUUGCCAACCGCAAGAAUCUGAGCCCAGCCGAUCGCAAACGUCUCGAAAAAGAACGUAAAGCACGUCAGCUGCGCCGUUUGCGCAAGCUGUUGACCCCGAAGAAUGCCGUGGUGGCUCUCCACGAGCUCCAGGGGCCCGGCAUGAGUGAGUUCACCAUCAACACCAACGGCCAGGAGACGACGGCCGAAAUCGUGGUCAACAACGUGCGCUACGAGGCUACCGCUCCGAACAAGCAUCUCGCCAAGGCCCGCGCUUCGGAGAAGGCCUUGCGGGAUCUUGUCAUCGCCCAGAUGGCCAAGGCUCGCCAGAAUGCCGAAACCAAGGCCACCACCCCCAGUGCCACGAACAAUGGCAACAAUGGCUCGGCCGCUGGUAGCGAUGAUGUGGAAAUGGCCGAACUUCCGGAAACCGACGAAGUGCCGAUGCUGCACCUGGCUUCCUACGCCCUGUACAAGCUGUUCAACGAAUGGCAAAACGAGGGAUUCGAAAUUCCGGCCAUCAAGCCAGCCAAGGCCCCAGUCAAGCUCACCGAAGGAGGUGUUCACCCGCUAGCUCCAAAGGUCGCCAAAACCAAGGCCGAUUUACCCUCUGAUGCGGCUGCCCGUCAUCCGACAGCCCUUCUCGCUCUGAUGCGCCCGCAAAUCCCCUACGAAGACCUGGGCUCGAACAAUACCAACGACCCAGCCAAGCGGGAGUUCUCCGUCGGAGUGACUGUCGACGGGCAACGAUUCAUCGGCAAGGCCCGGUCGAAGAAGUUGGCCCGCAAGGAGGCCGCUGUUGCCGCCUGCCGGCAACUAUUUGACGUGCAGUUCGCUGAGGUCGCUACUGAGUAAGACUUUUAUCUCUCCCGAUUAUUUUAUUUUAAGAUCAUGAUGAUGUAAAGAUUAGAUUUUAAGUUUUCGCGGAAUGUAGCGUGAAGUCAAGCAUCUUUACUUUUACUCGAACGCCUGCCGUAAUAUUUUUGGCAGAUCGUGACUGUACUAACACAGAAAAAAAGUAGAACAAGGCUUCCGCGAUCGUUGACGAAGGUGCGCGAUC